AUGACAGAAUCACUGACGUUGACUGAAAGAAUGACAAGUGCCAUGACAGGCUCGCUGAUUACUUCUAUGAUUCUAACACCAAUGGAUGUAGUCAGGGUACGGUUACAACAACAGGAACUACUCCCAGACUGUUCAUGCGAUUUCGCUAACACAAACUCAAAUAGCAUAACAAAAAAUAGCAUCAAGUCAUCAGGUUUAAAGCAAUUUUCACCACAUCCAUUAACCACUACACCAGGGGGUAAUAUCCUAUUUUGGCAAACAUCAUGCUUCAAAGAUAUGAACUGUAAAAAUAGUGUAAUCCGUUAUUCUGGUACAAUAGAAGCAUUAAAAAAGAUAGCGCAACUAGAAGGAAUAUCAACUCUAUGGAGGGGAUUGUCAAUAACACUGUUUAUGGCCAUACCGUCUAAUAUCAUUUAUUUUACUGGUUACGAGUACAUGAGAGAUUUAUCUCCAUUGAGCCAAACUCUUCCUUCAGCAAAUCCAAUAUUUUGUGGAGCAUUUGCUAGAAUCAUUGCAGCAACAACAAUUGCACCCUUAGAAUUGAUUAAGACAAGAUUACAAAGUAUUCCAACCUCUAAUAGCAUGGGAAAUACAAAACUACUCAGAGAUGUAAUAAGAGAAUCUAGGAUAGAAAUCCAGUCUGAAGGAUUGAAAGCAAUUUUUAAGGGUCUUCAAAUCACAUUAUGGAGAGAUGUUCCAUUCAGUGCGAUUUAUUGGGGGUCAUAUGAAUACUGCAAAAAAAAUCUCACUCUGUUUCACAAAGAAAACAGCUUUAUUUCAAAUGGAGCCUCUCACUUCCUCAAUAGUUUCAUUCACGGAUCAAUAAGUGGUUUCAUUGCAGCAUUGUGCACCCACCCAUUCGAUGUAGGUAAAACACGGUUACAAAUCUCUUUAAAAAACAGUAAUGACAAGAAGGAACUUUCUCGGAGUAUGUUUGUGUAUCUGAACAACAUCCGUAAAGUUGAAGGUUUCAAGACUUUAUUUGCUGGCCUAAUUCCAAGAGUUGCUAAGAUUGCGCCAAGUUGUGCAAUAAUGAUAUCUACUUAUGAAUUUUCGAAAAGAUACUUCUUACAUUAA